AAAAGUCUGAAGAAGGGUUUUUAAACAAUACCGUUUUUGUUCGAGUUUAAUGACGGAGAAGAAUCCCUAAAACCCUAAAGUCCUAAACUUCGAUUCCCGCCUCUCGCAGAGCCACCCUAACAGCAACACAGAGACACAGUUCAUGCAAGUAACGUAGCUGUUCCACUUCCCCAACACCUAAACAACACGAUGAACUUCAGGUUCCAGAACCUUCUGGGGGCUCCCUACAGGGGGGGCAACGCCGUCAUUUCUAACAACACCCUGCUACUCUCACCCAUCGGUAACCGCGUCGCCGUCACCGACCUCCUCAAGUCCGAAACCACCACCCUCCCAUUCCAAUCCUCUUCCAACGUCUCCCGCAUCGCCGUCUCCCCCGACGCCACCUUCCUCCUCGCCGUCGAUGACCGCAACCGUUGCCUCUUCAUCAACCUCCGCCGUCGCACCCUUCUCCACCGCAUAACCUUCAAGCACCGCGUCGCUGCCGUCAAGUUCAGCCCCGACGGUGCCCUCAUCGCCGUCGCUGCCGGCAAGCUCGUCCAGAUCUGGCGUUCACCGGCGUUUCGCAAGGAGUACUUUCCCUUCGAGUUGAUUCGGACCUUCACCGAUUUCACCGCCAAAGUCACCUCAUUGGACUGGAGCCCUGACUCAAAGUACUUGAUCGUCGGGUCCAAGGACUUAACCGCGAGAAUCUUGUGCUUGAAGAAAUCGAAUAAAAGUGUUAAGAACAGGCCUUUCAUGUUUCUGGGGCACAGGGAUUCGGUUAUAGGAUCGUUCUUUGGUGUUGAUUCGAAAACUAGUAAGGUUUGUAAGGCUUAUACGAUCACUAGGGAUUGCUAUUUGUUUAGCUGGGGGUUUACUCGUGAUGAAAAUGGUGAUGGUGAUGAUGAUGGAUUGGAGCCACCAUCACCGGGGACGCCGGACAGGGACGUGGAAGGGAAUUUGGAGAUUAGUGAGAGUGGGAAUGCGAAGAAGAGAAAGAAUUGUGAUGUUGAGGAUGAUGGAGAGGAUUACUUGAGCAGAGGGAAGUGGGAGUUACUGAGGAAGGACAGUUUUGUGCAGGCGCCGGCGAAGGUAACAGCAUGUGAUUAUCAUAGAGGGAUGGACAUGGUGGUUGUUGGAUUUUCUAGUGGUGUGUUUGGGUUGUAUCAGAUGCCAGAUUUUGUGUGCAUUCAUUUGUUGUCUAUAUCAAGGGAGAAGAUCUCCACUGCGGUGUUUAAUGAGCUUGGGAAUUGGUUGACCUUUGGCUGCGCAAAAUUGGGCCAGCUGCUUGUGUGGGAGUGGCGGUCUGAGAGCUACAUUUUGAAGCAGCAGGGACACUACUUUGAUGUGAAUUGCGUUGCAUAUUCAUCAGACUCGCAGCUCCUUGCUACUGGAGCAGAUGAUAAUAAAGUGAAGGUGUGGACUCUUUCCUCAGGCUUUUGUUUUGUUACAUUUUCUGAGCACAGCAAUGCUGUCACGGCUCUACAUUUUAUGGCAAGUAACAAUUGCCUGCUUAGUGCAUCACUUGAUGGGACCAUUCGUGCAUGGGAUUUGUUACGUUACCGGAAUUUUAGGACAUUCACAACCCCUUCUUCUAGGCAGUUUGUUUCCCUGACAGCUGAUCAAAGUGGUGAAGUGAUUUGUGCAGGGACUUCAGAUUCCUUUGAGAUUUUUGUUUGGUCGAUGAGAACGGGCCGCUUGUUGGACGUGCUUAGUGGUCACGGAGCUCCUGUUCAUGGGCUGAUAUUUUCUCCCACAAAUGCUGUCUUGGCUUCAUCAUCAUAUGACAAAACUGUUCGGUUGUGGGAUGUCUUUGAUGGGAAAGGAGCAGUUGAAACAUUUCCUCACACACAUGAUGUUCUUACAGUAGUUUAUCGUCCAGAUGGAAAGCAGUUAGCUUGCAGUACAUUAGAUGGGCAAAUUCAUUUUUGGGAUCCAAUAGAUGGUUUGCUGAUGUACACCAUAGAAGGUUCUAGAGAUAUUGCUGGUGGGCGUCUUAUGACUGACCGUAGAUCAGCUGCUAACUCAACUUCGGGGAAGUACUUCACAACCUUGUGUUAUUCAGCUGAUGGAAGCUACAUAUUGGCUGGGGGGAGUAGCAGAUACAUCUGUAUGUAUGAUGUUGGAGAUCAGGUAUUGCUGCGACGUUUCCAGAUAACUCACAAUCUUUCAUUAGAUGGAGUGCUUGACAUUUUAAACUCAAAGAAUAUGACAGAAGCUGGUCCACUAGAUUUGAUUGAUGAUGACAACAGUGACAUUGAAGAAGGUGUUGACAAACAAACCCGAGGAAAAAUAGGUCUAGACUUACCAGGAUCUAUGCCUAAUCGAGGAAGACCUAUUAUUCAAACAAAAUGCCUGAGAAUUGCACCUACAGGUCGGAGUUUUGUUGCAGCAACAACUGAGGGAGUUUUGGUUUAUUCUGUUGAUGAAUCAUUCAUAUUUGAUCCAACUGAUCUAGACAUAAAUGUCACACCAGAGGCUGUUGAUGAAGCUCUUAGUGAAAAUCAACCAAGUAGAGCUUUGAUCCUUAGCCUUCGCCUAAAUGAAGAUUCUUUUAUUAAAAAAUGUAUUUUCGCGGUUUCUCCGACAGAUAUUCCGGCAGUUGCCACAUCAAUCCCUUACAAAUAUAUCCAGCGAUUAGUUGAUGCACUUGCAGAUCUUCUAGAAAAUUGCCCGCAUUUGGAAUUUAUACUUAGAUGGUGUCAGGAGCUCUGCAAAGCCCAUGGGAAUUCUAUUCAGCGGAACUCAAGAAAUCUGCUCCCAUCACUAAAAUCUUUGCAGAAAGCAAUCACUAGAAUACAUCAAGAUCUAGCUGAUACAUGCUCCUCCAAUGAAUAUAUGCUGCGAUAUUUAUGUUCUUCUGGUGCCAAGAAAGACUGUUAACAAUUCACAAGUUGGAUUUUGGCAGCCUUGCGCAGGAAACAUUGUCCAACCUGAUUGUAUUAUUUUAAUGUGGUACCUGCGGAGCAUCAUCCACCUGCUCCAACUGGCAGUCUCUGAAGAAUCGAGCUGGAUUUUGAUAGCACUCUUGCCUCCUACUGUUUCCAAAGGAAUUUAUCCUUGAAUGAAGGUUCAAUUUUCUGGAAGGCGUGGCAUCCGCCAGGUUUGCCUCAUGCCCUACUUGCAACUCAACGAAGACAUCUUGAUAGUUACGCCCUACAGUGACAUUUCUUUGUAAUGCAGUUGUUAACAGACUGCAGAGGUUGAGAUUCCUUCUUGAUAUACCCAGCAGUGUGUUUUGAAUCAAUUAUUUGGGGAAUUAAUUGAUGAAAAAUGUUAGAUAGAUUUUUGUUUUGUUAGAUUUUUGCCAAAAUGAUGACUUGUAUUUGUGUCACUCUUGGAUUCGUAAGUUGCGUCUUUACCACAUUAUUUUGUCUAGCAAACCUUCCCUCUGGGUUGUACCAAAAUUCUGACACUUUUGGUGUCGAGUACAUUGUUACAAUCUAUACUUAAUAUAAAGCAAGCUUCUUUCUU